AUGGAUAAGACCUGGAGAUGUAAUUCUUGCCUAGUUGUAAAUGCUGAAAAUGCAGAGGAAUGUGCAUGUUGUAUGGAAAAAAGGACUGAUGAUACAAUAAAGCAAAUGAACGGCUCUAGUGUAACAACAAAUGGUAACGUGAACAACGAUAGCGAUUACGAUUGUAACAAUGUAAGCGAUAAUGAAAAAAAUAAAAAAAAAGAAAAUGAAGAAGAUUCAUCAAUAAAUACAGAUACACUUGUUCAAGGGAAUGAUACCAAUGCAACUGAAACUACCAAAAAUAAUGACAGUAAUAAUGAUGAAAAUAAAGAAAUGUUUGAUGGUGGGGGAUUUAUACCGUCUGUUAAACAAUCAUAUGACAAACAACUAGCUAACAAAAGUGUUUUUUUAUCGGGUAUUACUAAUAAUAAAACUAUUCCAGUUAGUAGCAAAAAUAAUGAUGAAAAUAAUAAUAUCAAAGAGAACAAAAAUUCACAGAAUUCUUCAGGAGAAAAAACAAAAAAAGGAGCAACAAGAAGUAAAGACAGAAAAAAAAUUGAUAAGAAGGAAAGACCUCCAUCCACAAGAAUACAACCAAUUAGAAAAUGUACUCAAAAAAAAAUUUGCUACAAAACUUAG